UCGUCGGGGGCGGGGCUUCGGACCCAGCGAGCGUCUGGAUUGGCUCUCAGGGCUGCCUCUGAGGCUGCGCGCUGAGGCCUGGCGUUCUGCGCCUUCCUGCCGCCUUUCCCGGGUGUGGCUCUGGCGGGAGUUGGCGGCGGGUGUGAGGUCAGGUUCCUGUGGAGGGAGGAAGAGAAGCAGAGGGGGCUGGUUCCCAGGUCUCAUAGACCCUCAUGGACACCAUGUCAGAAGCCAGAUUACACACGCAGCAGAGGAGCAGCCACGGUGGUCAGGAGAACAGCCUGUGGUCCUCAGGCUUUGGAACGAAGUUGGAGGCUGUCACCCCAUUUCUGGGGAAAUAUCGCCCCUUUGUGGGUCGCUGCUGCCAGACCUGUACCCCCAAGAGCUGGGAGUCCCUCUUUCACAAAAGCAUAAUGGAUCUAGGCUUCUGCGAUGUGAUUCUUGUGAAGGAGGAGAAUACCAGGUUUCGGGGCUGGCUGGUUCGAAGGCUCUGCUAUUUCCUGUGGUCCCUGGAGCAGCACAUACCUUCCUGCCAGGAUACUUCACAGAAGAUUAUGGAAAGCGCUGAGGUACAGGACGUCCUCUCAGGGAGGGCCCCUGGUGGAGCUGGGGAAGGCCGUGUGCCCGACCUUAUGAAGAAAGAGGUAUAUCGCAUUCUGGGCCACAUCCAGGCCCCACCCCGGCCCUUCCUGCUCAGGCUCUUCAGCUGGGUGCUGCUGAGGUUCCUGAACUGCCUCUUCCUGAGUGUGCAACUCCACAAGGGUCAGAUGAAGAUGGUCCACAAGGCCGCCCAAGCGGGCUCGCCGCUGGUCCUCCUCUCAACCCACAAGUCCCUCUUGGAUGGGCUCCUGGUGCCCUUUGUGCUGCUCUCCCAGGGCCUAGGCGUGCUCCGUGUAGCUUGGGACCCCCGCGCCUGCUCCCCUGCCCUCAGAACUCUGCUGAGAAGACUUGGGGGGCUUUUCCUGCCUCCAGAGGCCAACCUCUCCCUGAACAGCCCCGAGGGGAGCCUUGCAAGGGCAGUGGUCCAUGCGGCUGUGGAGCAGCUGCUGGUCAGUGGGCAGCCCCUGCUCAUUUUCUUGGAGGAGCUCCCUGGGGUCCAGGGGCCACGGCUCUCAGCCUUGGGCCAGGCCUGGCUGGGACUGGUAGCACAGGUGGUUCAGGCAGGCGUUGUCCCAGAUGCCAUGCUGGUGCCAGUGGCCAUCACCUACGACCUGGUUCCAGAUGCACCACGUGAUGUACAGCAUGCCUCGGCCCCCCUGGGGCUAUGGACAGGGGCUCUGGCAGUCCUGCAGAGCUUGCGCAGAUGCUGGGGCUGCCGUCAGGCCUGCAUCCGUGUGCACCUGGCCCAGCCCUUCUCCCUACAGGAAUAUACCAUCAAUGCCAGAAGUUGCUGGGGCAGCAGGCAGACCCUGGAGCAACUGCUGCAGCCCAUUGUGCUGGGCCAAGGUACUGUCAUUCCAGACACUGAGAAGGAGCAGGAGUGGACCCCAGCAACCGGGCCCCUCAUGGCCCUCAAGGAAGAGGACCAGCUCCUGGUCAGGAGACUGAGCUGGCACGUGCUGCACGCCAGCGUGGCUAGCUCGGCGGUGAUGAGCACGGCCAUCAUGGCGACGCUGCUGCUCUGCAAGCACCAGAAGGGCGUGUUCCUGUCGCAGCUGCUGGGAGAGUUCUCCUGGCUAACAGAGGAGACGCUGCUGCGUGGCUUUGACGUGGGCUUCUCCGGGCAGCUGCGGUGCCUGGUGCAGCACACACUGAGCCUGCUACGGGCGCACGUGGCCCUGCUGCGUGUCCACCAGGGGGACUUGCUGGUGGUGCCAAGGCCUGGCCCGGGCCUCACGCACCUGGCCCGCCUGAGCGCAGAGGUGCUGCCCGCCUUCCUAAGCGAGGCUGUGGGUGCCUGUGCUGUGCGGGGGCUGCUGGCAGUGAGAGUGCCACCUGAGGGGCCCUGGGAGCUGCAGGGCAUAGAGCUGCUGAGCCAGAGCGAGCUGUACCGCCAGAUCCUGCUGCUGCUGCACUUGUUGCCACAAGACCUGCUGCUGCUGCAGCCCUGCCAGUCUUCCUACUGCUACUGUCAGGAGGUGCUGGACCGUCUGAUUCAGUGUGGGCUCCUGGUUGCUGACGAGACCUCAAGCUCCCGGCCAGCCUGUGACACAGGGCGACAGCGUUUGAGUGCAAAGCUGCUGUGGAAACCUAGUGGGGACUUUACUGACAGUGACAGUGAUGACUUCGAGGAGGCCGAGGGCCGGUACUUCAGGCUCAGCCAGCAGUCACGCUGCCCUGAUUUCUUCCUCUUCCUCUGCCGCCUGCUCAGCCCACUGCUCAAGACCUUCGCCCAAGCUGCUGCUUUCCUCCACCAGGGACAGCUGCCUGAUACAGAGUCUGGCUACACAGAGCAGUUGUUCCAGUUCUUGCAGAGGACCGCCCAGGAGGAAGAGUGUGUGGACCCCAAUCUUGCUGUCAGUGCUGUCUGGACCUUCAGAGACCUGGGGGUGCUGCAGCAGAUGCCCAGCCCUGCAGGCCCCAGGCUCCAGCUGUCCCCUGCAUUUGCCAGCCGGGACAGCCAGGAAAGGCUGGAACAGUUCAUCCGGCAGUUCAUCUGUAGCUGAACUGUGGGGCGAGCCCAUGCUGACUUCUCAGCCCGGAACACGGUGCACCCUCAGCCAGAGUCCCUGAGCAGGACUCUGAGUGGUUUUGAGAUUCGAUUGUCCCUUGUCAUCUUGCUGUGUCCAUCCUUUGGUAUAAUAAACAAGGAGACAAAACAAGUCCUUUAAGCCCAUGCUCAGCAGUGUCUUCUGCAGGCUGUCCACUCUCCUUCCCAGGCCUGUGAAAAUGCCCCAUCUUGCUCCCU